AUGCACAACCGUCGGGCUAAACGCUCAUCGCUGGCCUGCUUGCCCUGUCGCUCUCGGCAUGCCAAAUGUGAUGGGAAGCGACCGAGCUGUACGCGCUGUGGCGAGGUCGGCCAGCGGUGCAGCUAUGCCCCUUCGCGGCGCGGUCUCGUCUCCCGGCACACACAAAGGACAGAUUAUCCCAUGAACCAUGGGAGCCCGCAACAAGAUACCAGCACAUCUGGGUUCGGGCUGAGUACGAUGUCGUCCACCCCGGCAGGUAUCCCACCCAGGUCGGCCGUGCUCAAUGUCGAUCUGGGUGACCCCAGUACGGACGGUAUUCCUCCCUCAGGGAACUCCUCCCGGUCGGAGAAAAUUGCAGAUGAUCCCUUGAUCCACUCCUACUACAAAGACUUUCACAUAUGCCAUCCAUUUGUCCCACCACGGAAACAUCUUGUAGAACUAUGUCGAGACCCUCGCACAGAGCAUGCACUUGCACCCUUAAUUGCCGCUAUGCGCUUCAUGGGAAAUAUCUACAGUGCGCGGGAAUGGUCGGUCCCGCUCAAAGACACGGUCGAAUCUACCCUUUCCCACUUGUCACCGUCUGAUCCGAUUCAAGUUCAGUGUCGAAUCUUGUACUCCGUAGCCUUAUUCUGGUAUGACUACAAUGCCGAUGCGCAGUUACAAUUGGACCAGGCAGCUCAGAUCGCCAUUGACCUGCACAUGUUCAAGGCGGAAUUUGCAGCGUCCCAGGAAGCCAACGACCAGGUAUUGAGGGAAUCUUGGAGACGCACGUGGUGGAUGCUGUACAUUGUAGAUGCCUACUACGCCGGCACCCUGGGAACGAUGAAUUUUAGGGUCAUGGAUCUUGAUGUGACCGUCGAAUUGCCCUGCGACGAGUCCGAUUACGAGUUGGGGGUUAUUCCCAACCCCAGGACUCUUGAGGAUUUCAAUCAACGUGAAUUUCUCUCCGACGAUGUUCACUUCUCCUCUUUUGCAUACCUCAUUGGCGCCGUGCAGUGCGCCGCAUCUGCAAUAUCCAUAACCCCCAAAGUGGCAACUGUAGAAGACUCCAUGCAUGUGAUCGAAGCGGUUGAUUGUGGCUUGGAUGGAUGGCGACUACUAUUACCCCCGGAGCAGAAACACGUCAUCAAGGCAGAUGGGGAGAUCGACGAGCUCUUGUUCCAAGCACAUCUGCUUAUCCAUGUAUCCACUAUUGGCCUCCAUCGUCCGUUGUCGGCCCUCGAUUUCAAUGCCAUCGAGAACGUAUCCAGCUGUGCCCGGGAGCCUCCCCGGGACACACCCACGCCCGAUCUAGUAAACGUCCAUACCAUCCGCGUCUUGCGGGCGGUCAAGGCUCAGAUCGGUCUCCUGGCUUUACCGGCCUCAAGAUUUCACCACACACCUUUCACCACAUGUAUGGUCAGCGAGGGGAUACUGGCGCUUCUCUCCGCUUGCAGUACUCUUCUCAAGGGGAGAGAUCUUGGCAUCGCAAGAGACCAGAUCCGGAUGACGCUCGGGUGUCUCAAGGUCCUGGGAGAAGUCUGGCCGAGGACAGCGAGGAAUGUAUUCGAGAUUCAGACGAUCGCUCGGUGUGUCCUGGGCCUCGGGCGAGGUCCCACUGAUCAGGGUAUACUUGGAGCCAGUGGUCUGUCGUCUUUCGGUGCAAACGAGGUGGAUCCAAAACCGGUCACCGACAGUCUGUCGAAACACGACAACGACCCGGGCACUUCCGUCUGUGCGAUUGAAGAUCUCUGCGGCUGGUACACUACUGAAGCAGAUGAAUUUUCAUGGGGACUGAUUGAUGGAUUAUGAUUGACUAAUUGGUCAUGGCACAGAGACCAAACCUAAAUGAGCC